AUGAGCUUCGCCGACCAGCUGCACCCCCCGUUACGACGAACGGGCGCCUCCGUUGUCAUCCAGGUCUUCUUGACUCGGCAACCCCAGGGAGACGAGGUCCAGGUGCUGAACUACGACAUGGGCUCCCCCAAUGGAAUGAUCAUCACCAACGUCCAGAAGGAUCCGCAGUGUCCUAUGUGGCCCAGCGACUUGAUAAAGCACGAGUUCGCGUUCAAAUCCCAGCAAGACGUCUCCAAAAUGAAAUUCAUCCAGUUCAACAUCGUGACCAACACCCCAGCAAGAGUAGCGGUUAUGAAGGCCGGCAAGUGA